CAGAAAGACUGUAUUUUCUGAUCUUGUGUUUCCCUGGAAAUGAUGUAACUUGGAAUCAUCAUCAGCUCUUCUUUACAGCUGUGUUACGCUAUUAAAAGGGGCUAGGCCCUCUUAAGAUUUCUUCUCUGGGUUUGUAUUUCUUUCCUUUUAAAAUGGAUGUAGGAAAACUGUACCCCAAGGAGACUGAGAGUUUUUGCAAACGCCUCCCUGCCCCCGCCCUGUCCAAAGCUUCUUCCAUUUGUAUAUUUCUUGCCAAGCACGGAAGAGAUGCAAACGUCUGUAUUUUGAAGCCUUUCAAUAAGCUCUAACUUUGUUGUCCUAUGUAACCGUGAGAUUUUUUUUUUAAAGUGGUCCAAAAUUGGAAUAGAAUACAAGCUUUCUGCAUUUUCUGUUUCACUGGUUUAGCAAACAUUUAUGAUGGACAUGUGCUGAGGGUUCAAGGAAGGAGCAGUGGGUGUGCCCUGUGGGGGAGCCAGGGUUUUAUAGGAGGAGGAGGCAGCAAAGAAUGGCGUCAGUAAAGGUAUAGAAGGAGGGCAGUGCAAGCAUUUUGGGGAAAUGUGGAGAAGUUUGGGUUAAUGAUUGCAUCUCAAUUUUGGGAGGAGUGAAGGAAAGCUGGUUGGGGCGUAAGGGCAGCCCAGGAGUCCGCGCCUUCUCUGGCAGGGAAGAGUUGGAGGUUUGGAGCAGGAAAAUAACAAGUGACGUGGGCGUUAAUGAGAGAAAUAUGGUUGCAAAGCCCAAGCUGUGAGUUUUCUGCUGCCAGGACCAAGCCCGAGGGAGAGGAAGAGGGGUCCAUGGGACCCCAGGCUGGAGGGGCUCGGCUGAACCAGCUGCGAGGGGCUGCUGAGGUCAGAGAACCAGGAUGUGGUUGAGAAGAGAGAAGACAAUGGAGGGAAACGUUGACAAACAUUGGAUCCAAAUGACAAGGAGAGAAUGGAGCAGGAUGGUGAGAGGCGAGGCUCCGAGGGGGGUGAGGAGGCAAGACGGAAGCCACUGCGAGGAGCAGGUUGGGUCAAGCAUGCAGAUCCGAGAUUGUGGACGUCAGCAGGAUGUUCACUAAGCAGCUGUCCAUAUCUGGCAGUGAAAAUCACUCCUGCCAUCCCCGUGGUUGGCGGCAUACUGUUCUUCUUUGUGAUGGGGACCCUGCUUCGCACCAGCUUCAGUGACCCCGGCGUCCUUCCGCGAGCCACGCCUGAUGAAGCCGCCGACCUGGAAAGGCAAAUAGAUAUUGCCAACGGCACCAGUUCAGGGGGGUACCGCCCACCUCCCAGAACCAAAGAAGUCAUCAUCAAUGGCCAGACUGUGAAACUUAAAUAUUGUUUCACCUGCAAGAUUUUCCGGCCCCCGCGUGCCUCCCAUUGUAGCCUUUGUGAUAACUGCGUAGAACGGUUUGAUCACCACUGUCCCUGGGUAGGCAACUGUGUGGGGAAAAGAAACUACAGAUUUUUUUAUAUGUUUAUUUUAUCUCUGUCUUUUCUGACAGUCUUUAUAUUUGCAUUCGUUAUCACGCACGUCAUUCUUCGUUCACAACAAACGGGAUUCCUAAAUGCCCUGAAGGACAGUCCUGCAAGCGUGCUGGAGGCCGUGGUGUGCUUCUUCUCCGUCUGGUCUAUCGUGGGGCUCUCGGGUUUCCACACAUACCUGAUCAGCUCCAACCAGACGACGAAUGAAGAUAUUAAAGGCUCUUGGUCAAAUAAAAGAGGUAAAGAAAAUUACAAUCCCUACAGCUACGGGAAUAUCUUUACAAACUGCUGUGUUGCCCUGUGUGGGCCCAUCUCUCCCAGCCUCAUUGACAGAAGAGGGUACAUCCUGCCUGACACACCCCAGCCAGCUGCGCCCUCCAAUGGGAUGGCCGCGUACGGGGCCACGCAGUCGCAGAGCGACAUGUGCGACCAAGACCAGUGCAUUCAGAGCACCAAAUUCGUUUUGCAGGCCGCGGCCACGCCCCUGCUGCAGAGCGAGCCCAGCCUCACCAGCGACGAGCUGCACCUGCCUGGAAAGCCAGGCCUGGGCACGCCCUGUGCCAGCCUGACGCUCGGGCAGCCCACACCGCCCUCUUCCAUGCCCAACCUCUCCGCCGAGGCCGUGCUCACAGACAUACUGCCUCUGAAAGAGGAGCACGUGGGCCACCAGUUCCUGACCCCAGAGGAAGCGCCAUCGCCGCCCAGGAUGCUGGCAGGCAGCCCCCUGGCGCACAGCCGCACCAUGCACGUCCUGGGCCUGGCCAGCCAGGACUCUCUGCAUGAGGACUCAGUGCGUGGCCUGGUGAAGCUCAGCUCCGUGUGAUCAUGUGGCCCCCCCGCCCCGUGACUGCAGGCAGUGGGAGGGGCCAGACGGGGUGCCCCCCACAGCAACUUUCUGGUGACCCAAUGGCGUGGUGGUGAGGACGACUCCAGGUCCUGAGGCACAGGGGCCACACUGGGAGAGUAAAUGGAUCCCCUCCGAUAACAGAGGUGGGCAGGACCCCCGUGCUGACGGCUUGGUUUUAUUGGAAUUUUCUUCCCCACCCUGACGGCUUUGAUCAUAUUGAAAAUAGAGAAGUAGCUAUUUUCAGGCAUUUGGAAUAUGAAGGGUGGGCAUGGGGAGGGAGGAGCCUCCGGGGCUGCGAUCAGAGUCAGAGCAAAGGACCAUGCCUGGAUGUUCCACUGUCUGCUCGCUGCUCUUGUGACGGACGUCUGGAAGGUUUACGACGCUCGUGGCCGAACUGAAAUUGCACUUGUGUUAUGCUACUAAUAUUUGAAAUAGACAUGCCAUUCCAUUUGUUAAUUUAAAACAAACAAAAACCUAAAGGGAAAAAGCGGCCAGAUGUGGAUUUGCAUGCCACGCGACAGUCUGUUUACAGUGUUGUUGGUAUUCAAAAGGAAGUGCUGCUUUCUUUCUUUCUUUCUUUUACUUUUGUGAAUUUUCGAGUGCUGUUUUAUGGGAAGACAGGGCGACCAACCGCGACUAACGGACAGUGCCGUCUCUCGCCGGCUUCUUCGGCUUAAUUACACGUAGUAGGUGGCACCUGGGCUGGAGGGGUUUUAUCAGAUCCAGGAUCAGUUAACCUUCUGUUUAGUAGUCAGCCAAGGUAAUGUGUUGUACCACACCCCCCACAGUCUUCACCUCCUUGUGUGACCAAACUUCCUGUGGACAGCCAAUAAAAUGACGUCCUCUGUUACUUUGGAUCUCCGUACAGUUAUCCUUAACAGCUUAAAUGACAACAUCAUCAUCCUAUGGGCUUCGCAGAGUUUGGUUUUAUUGAAGUCUCCCUAGUGAGGGAUGGUCCCAGACCAGCCAAAAAUCAGAUCUGUGAAUUGUGCGGUAUGUAUGGAAUGAUUUCUUAGACAAGAGAGUAGCAUUCUAUCCUUUUGUUGUUGUUGAUUUUCUUUAACCAUCUCUUUUUGAUCCAGUCUUCACGGAAUUUGCUCCACUUUUACAAAUGGCCACACGGCAGUUAAUCUACGACAGGUGGAGGGGAGGGCGUUCAGGGAGUGGCUGCGCUCCGCUCUGCGUUGCACUAACAUGUCACCAAAGUUCAGAAGGGCAACUCAAGGCCCUAGUAAAGGUAUCGGAAAAUGAGGAGGAGAAACUGGCUUCGAGGUUGGGCUAAGAUCAGGUAGCUUGACAUUCUUACCUAAAUGCUAAUCAGAAUGGAAUUAAGAAAAUUACCACUUCAUCCGUGUUCAUUUAUCAUCUAGAAGGGAACUGGCUUUGUACUAAGGGACUAAAUCACUGUGGAAGCAACUGCAGAGGCUCAGCCAGCUUCUGUCCUUGCUUCUUUCCAGAUGAUAAAUCCAACAGCCGAGUCUACUCAAGUUCAAAAUCACGCUCUUGCGCCUCGCAACCACAUGAAAAACAGGAUGCAUUGAUCAGUGAUCCAGGAAGCCCCAAACAAUCUGCAUUUAUGGAAAAAGGCUGUUUCUCCUGAGAAAGUUGCUAUUUGAUAUAAAAGGAAAGGAAAGGAGGCAGAAAAAGAAAAGCACAAUUGCAAGUCUUACUUGGAAUAAAGCCAGUUUUUCGUAGGUCAAAAAUAAUUUCUGCUGAAAAUAACCACAGAAUUCUUGCAUCAUAGUAUCUUUGAACCAUCUUUAUUUUUCAUAUUAUAUAUACAAAUAGAAAAUGGAAAAGGUAAAUUGCGUGUAGCCGUUUUUGAUUUUCUGGACCUCCUAACUAUUUGUGCUCACUUGGAAUUUAUAGUAAGGGGGACAGAGCCCCUCAUUACACAACCACACACACUCCCAGUCAUCAAUGCACAGGGAUUCUCCUUGCACACACUGCCUCAAAGCAAAGAGCAACAGCCCCACAAUGUGCCUUCCACAACUCCCCGAACCAGCCCCGCUCUUUGCCUCCUUCCACCUAUUCGUCAGGGACCCCCGGAGAGGGUUGGCCCUGGCGAGAAGAGAAGGACGGCUCAGUUCUCACUCUGGUAUCUGUGUGGCCUGGUCCGUUUCAACUUCUUCACCAGGAGGAUGAAGACAAUGGUCUUUAGAGUCCUUCCAUGUCCAACAAUUUCCACUUCAAUGGUUGCUGAUUUCCCACGAGCAGCCCUUUCUCCCACCUCCUUAUGAAAAAAUCCAAGAAGCAAGGAUCAUCAUUCAUUUGUCUUUACAUAAUGAAUAUUUCCCUAAAAUUUAUUAUCAGUCCCCCACCCCCACCCUCAACCUGGUCCCCUGGACGCACUUGGCAUCAUUUAUCAAAGAGGGGAUUGGGACUUUUGGUAAAAUAAAUCAUGCUAUUCAGAGUCCAAGGGGGAGAGUAACUUGAGAGGGCCAAUUUGCUAAGAUAAUUAACUUCUUAAAACCCCAAACCAGAGAAAUACCCACAGCCCUUCACUCUGUGUCUGUGGAAUGAAUGACUGUGCUCCCAGGAGUUCCCUUGUUCCCACUGGGUGGAGGGAGGAUUCCUGGACAGUGACUUGCCUGGAGAUGGGUCUGCAUUUCCCUUUAACAGAUACAUACUUUUUUAGUGUUGAGUGCUUCUGUCUAGCUGUGGAUGAGUAGACUUUGAUCUAAAUUCUCUCAGUGUGUUACAGAUUGAUUGCAUGCUAGCUAUAAAAAAAAUAAGAUAAAUAUUUUACCAUGCUAUUAAAGUUUGGACCAUUAUCAAACAUAUACACGCACACACUCAUUUUGUUAUUUAAAAAUUCAUCUGCCUUCACUCCCCAAGAAAUGCUCUGGGGACCGCAGGCUUUCCAGGCACUUGAAGGCUGAAUUUCGCCUGAAUGCCCUGGUCCCUAGGAAGGAUGUUGGAAGGAGCAUCGGGGCAGCCAGUAGCCUGCAUCUGGGGCAUGAUGACAUGUUGCUCUGUGCCUGGGGAUCGGCCAGCAUUUGUGCAGUGCCCACUUGAAAAGUGCUCAUUCAGCUUUCAAAAGUAAUCAUUUCAGCCUGUGAGAAUGACAGCAUAUCCCCACCCUGUGCCAGCAAAAUGCCUGAUACCUGUUCUGAUCCAGAAUAGCACAAAGGGAGAGUCUUCUCAGAGCGCUGCCCUGCCCCACUAAGUGCACUGCGGUCUUUCCCUGUUGUGUUAAGGAUGCGGAGUGGGGUUCGAAUCAAGAAGCAAACCCCAUUUUAUGAGCCGUGUUCCUGUGGAGACCUGAGUGGGUCAGGACCCUUCUCUGGCCUCCCUUAGCUCUUCAUACCUUGGGCCUGGGCCUUCAACUGCAAGAAAAAUGGAUUUGCCAAAGUUGGCAGUAGGUGUCCUGGGAGCAGGGGCUCGUGAUGGCAUCUCCAAGAAAAUGCUGGAACUCAAGCCAUUCGGGGCUCACCAUUUGGCGGACACGGAGGCUUUCAAAGGGCAGAUCUGAUCGAUCCUUUGUGGGUCUCACACCUCCUUGCUCCCCACCGCAGUGGACGCUUCUCUGUGACUCGGCUGCCCCUUUCUGGAGCUCAGCCCACAAACCAUCCUUUUCACCGGAACCCAAUGCGUCGCCAUCUUGGCUCGCAGUUUUUGAGUUAGCUAGAACGUAUCAGGGGUUCGCAUUAAUAGCUGAAGAAAUACUUCCAAAAUUAGCUGUCUUUCAUUCAUCCACGUGAGUACACGGUGUAACCCAUUGAGUUCUUGAUCGGGUAAGAAAAGAGAAUAAGUGAAAAAAUGUUAAAUAUACUUUUUUGACUGCUGCCUUAAAACUGUUGGAAGAGGAGCCUAAAUCAAAUCAAUGUUUACAUUUUUUAAGUCCCUACGAGUUGUGGGAGUCUAGCAUAUUCUUGUCCAAAUGAGAGAGCCUUUCAAAUGGAUUCUCAUUCCUCCUGGUGCCUUCCACCUGCCCUGGAGGUCUGUGUGUGGCAUUGUAUGCUGUUUUCCAUGUUACCUCGUAAAAAACCUGCCUCUCAUUUGUUCCCUUGAAACAUGUCUCUCUGUCUUAUAAGAUUAAGUGAUCGUUGAAAUAUUAAAUAAGCUGAAGCGUCACUUUCUUUCAAAUAAAUGUCAAAGAUGCUAACAA